GGACGUUGCCGUGGUGACGCGGACCCUCACUUCCGGAAUUAGAAAGUAUGGUAGGAAAAAUAAAACGUGUUCGGCAAAAGCUGCAUGUUGCGGCUAUUAAAGUCGAUUCCUCUGGAGAAAAUGCCCCUAUUGCUCCGGGUUACAAGCUUCCCGGUGCGGCCGAGGUGGCGGCUCCGCUGUCCUGGAGCAAACCGGUGGGAGGAAAGGACUGGACAUUGAUGUCCUCAGAUAUCUUUUCAUCAACUACGAUUAAUCCUGAGGCUUUAACGCAAAACUUAGAAGUGGAACCAAAAAGUAUAGUCCCUGCCAAAAAAGAAGAGAAAAUAAUCCUGUCCAAAAAGGAAAAAACAAAACAAAGGCGAGAAAGAUGGUUACAGAAAAUAGAAUCCUUAAAACUGGCCCAACUGGAAAAAAAGGCACAAGCCAAGAGAAAAGCUACACCCGUUGUAGGGGACUUGCAAGCCCUCGUGGAUGCCUUACCUGAGCUGUCGGAACUAACCUCUGCUCGUAAACCCAAAGCACCUAGGAAGCAGCCUAAGGAAGCUUUAAGGAAGAAGAAGCCAGAGCCGACUGAUUAUAGCAAAAUGAAGCCUGGGCAGAAACGUAAAAUAAUGAAAGAAGAAAUUUCUCGCAUUCAGGAGCUGGUCAAAAACCCUUCCUACAAGGCCAGUCCACUUACUUCUGUGACAGAGCACCUUAUAAAACGAAUGAAGGCAGAGCAGGAGGAUCCUAGCUAACCAAUGAAAAUGCAGAAUAGUGCACCCACACCUGAUAUAUACCUUAAUAAUCGGAAGAUGUCCCAGACUGUGUUUCCAAGGGAUGAACAAUAUGAUGUGAUGCUUGUAUUGAAAGAUGAGCUACUUCGAGCGAAAACUCUAAUCAAGUGCACUGGAAUAUUAGUCUUGUGUGUAUUGUCAAAAACAUCUGGCCACUCUCAAUAAGGAUUGCCUUAUGCUAAAUCCAGUAAAAUAUGUAGGUUAUAAAUUUUUUCCAUGUGCUUUACAUUUGAGGUGGAAAUGAGUACAUUUUAUAUUACAUCCAAAAGUUGUUCUUGGUUUCAGUACAAAGAAGACCUUUUGGAAAACAUAUGUAAGACUUAUUUGUAUUUGGUUUGACUAUUUCUAUUAUUAAAUAAAUCUUACAGCAAAACUGUCUCCACGUUUGACUUGCCCAAUCCACUGACGCUACUAGACAAGGAAAAAAGAUUAGACCUGCAGUUCACAGCAAUAGUAUAAUUGUCUGUCACCAUGAUACCAAUUGCCCUCUAGGUGUUUCUUAACCAGUAAAGAUUUUUAAAGCUUUUCGCAGAAAAUCCUCUCAAACCCCUUUUCCGUUCUGUGAUAUGAUGUUUUAGCAUCUCUGUCAAGUCCUCUUCUGUAGGUGACCCUUAGGCCUAUCUUUGAACAUAGGGGUUCAGGAGAGUUUACUUCCGAAAACAAACAUUCAGCACAGCAGACACUUGGCAUCAUGGCAAACUUGUUUCCUUGUUACUUCUCUAGUACUGUUAAUAGUUUGGGGGUUCAAACGUAUUUGCUUUAUAGUAACAUAGAAUGUGUCGGCAGAUGAGAACCAUUUGGCCCAUCUAAUCUGCACAAUAUUCUGAAUACAAUCAGUUGUCCCUGGCCCUAUCUUAUAUGAAGGAUAGCCUUAUGCUUAUCCCAUGCAUGUUUAAACUCCUUCACUGUAUUUGCAGCGACCACUUCUGCAGGAAGGCUAUUCCAUGCAUCCACUACUCUCUCAGUAAAGUAAUACUUUCUGAUUCUUUAUAAAUAGCAAUGUUGCUUGAUGCUCUUUAAGGGGAAUGUCUCCUUGAUUUUUGUUUACUGGUUAGAUACUGGAUUUUUUUUUCUAAUCUGUUUCAAUUUUCUGUCUAGAAAUGUUUUAAUUUAAUAUUUUGGGCAUUAUUAUGGGGGCUGCAAUCUUGCCUGAGGGGUUUUCAACAGCAUUUUGUUUUUAUACUUUAUGGCAAAACUCAUUUACAUAGAUGACAAUGAACAGGAACUAUCACAUUCAGAUGAAUUGUGACCUUUUAGAGGUCAUUCUUAAGGUAGGGGAGGCUGUUUUCUGAGCAAAUGCUAUUGUGUGUAUAUCCCUCCCUACUGGUGUCAACUUUUACUGUACUCUUUGUGCUGUGAAGACAGGUAGGGAAUGAUUUGUACAGCACAGGAAGCCUUAUCUUAGUUUUAGGCUUAGUGGCCAGAAUGAAAUCUGCAAAAUGUCAGAAAUAUUAUAAAAUAUAGAUCUUAAAAUGGAGACUUAGAAAAUACAUCCCCAAAAAUUAUUUAAAAAAAAAAGGUAUUUUUCAGUUGACACAUUCCCUUUUAGAGGAUAUAUUCUAAAGCAGAUCUUAUAAUUGAAAUCAUGAUACUUCUUUGUAGAGAUUAGGGAAUUAUUAAAUUUAUGAAUCAGUGAUUCGUCAUUGAUUAGGAGGUAUCCCGCACACCAAAUUGCUCGAUCUGACAAAUCUUUACAAAUAUAAUUCCAUUACGCGAUUGUUUAUGUUGUUCCAACUAAGGAACAUUCAUUGCUGUGGGGCAUAACUGUUUUCCACUUUUAGGGCUAUCGGUUUUCACAUCUAGCAAAGGUACAGGGUGCAUAUGUUUUAGCUACCUGAUGUCAUAUGUAUGAAAUGGAAAAGGCAACGUGAUUUUGUACGGCGAUCACAUCUUAUGUUUCUUGUAACUGUGAGUUAUGGAUAUAUCUUUACUGUAACUGUGUAAUUUUUAUGUGCCUUUGAAAAAAUAAUAAAAUAUCAUGU